GUGGCAUCGGACUUACGCUGACUAUAACACUGACAUUUCAAAAGGUGGCGUCGACGACCGGAAAAUAAAACUUAACUUAAACUCAGCAACAAACGUGCAUCAUUCAAAAACAGGAGAACACAUUAUUUAGAGAUAUUAAAUGACGCUGAAAUGAUGAAAAGAUGCUGUUUCUAAAGACAAGUAGUUUUCUUCAAAGCGUGUCCAUUCCACUCCACAGGCAUUUGUCGACUCAUCUUGUUCCCCGUCGCAGAAUGGCAGCAUCAAUAAGCGAGGUGACCCGCUUCGACUUCCUGGUGGUCGGCGGAGGUUCCGGAGGACUGGCGGGGGCCCGGAGGGCGGCGGAGCUGGGCGCAAAUGCAGCCGUGAUCGAGAGUCAUAAACUCGGAGGUACCUGCGUCAAUGUUGGCUGUGUCCCAAAGAAAGUCAUGUGGAAUGCGGCAGUCCAUGCAGAGUUUCUUCACGACCAUGCCGAUUACGGUUUUGACGUAGAAAAAGUUCGUUUCAGUUGGGAAACGCUCAAAACAAAAAGGGAUGCGUAUAUCAGUCGCCUGAAUCAAAUUUAUCGCAACAAUCUUGAUAAGGCUAAAAUCCAAACCAUUGAAGGUCAUGCCAGGUUCACGAGUGAUCCAGAGCCCACGUUGGAGGUCAACGGCAGGAAGUACACGGCGCCUCACAUCCUCAUCGCCACUGGCGGGCAGCCUUCGGUGCUGUCUGAUGCUGAAAUUCCAGGUGCAAGUCUGGGAAUCACCAGCGAUGGCUUUUUUGAACUUGAGACCCUUCCAAAGCGUAGUGUUGUUGUGGGGGCCGGUUACAUUGCUGUGGAAAUGGCAGGCAUCCUGACAAACCUAGGCUCUAAAACCUCCCUUAUCAUACGGCAGGGUGAGGUUUUGAGGACCUUUGACAGCUUCAUAAGUACAAACUGCACCAAAGAGCUGGAGAACGCUGGCGUGGAUUUGCGGAAAAACUCUCAGGUGACAUCGGUGCGCAAAACCGACGCGGGGCUGGAGGUGACGCUUGUCACCAAAGACACAGAGAAAAGCAGUACAAUUUCAGAAGUGGACUGCGUUCUGUGGGCCGUCGGCAGGAAGCCCAACAUCUCUGGACUAAAUAUUGGCGAGAUGGGUGUAGACACAGACGAACAGGGCCACAUCGUGGUGGACGAGUACCAAAACACCAGUCGACCGGGAAUCUACGCCGUUGGCGAUGUCUGCGGCAGAGCUCUUCUCACACCUGUUGCCAUUGCCGCUGGAAGGAAGCUGGCACACAGACUUUUUGAGGGCAAGAAGGAUUCUAAGUUGGACUACUCCAACAUUCCCACAGUGGUUUUCAGCCACCCACCCAUCGGCACUGUGGGCCUCACAGAAGAAGAGGCCAUAAUAAGCAGUGGCAAGGAGAACGUGAAGAGCUACAAGACCUCCUUCACACCACUCUAUCAUGCCAUCACCAGCCGCAAGAGUCCAUGCAUCAUGAAGAUGGUGUGUGUGGGCAAGGAGGAGAAGGUGGUAGGUCUGCACAUGCAGGGUAUGGGCUGUGAUGAGAUGCUGCAGGGCUUCGCUGUGGCCAUCAAGCUUGGCGCCACCAAAGCAGACUUUGAUAAGACUGUGGCCAUUCACCCCACUUCUGCUGAGGAGCUUGUCACCAUGCGCUAACAGGACACAGCUGGGGCAGGGGGGUCAAGUACAUUUUUAUCCCACAAUAAAAUACAGUUGAUGAAACAACACUCAUUUCUACUCAUUUAAGUGAUCCUUGUGGUGCGCAGCCUUUCAAUUUUUCUUCCAUUUAUCAAUCUGCAUCAUUCCUGACUUAUAAUUUUCUCAAUUUGUACUGUGGGUCUUCAUGACUGAGUGGCAAUUAGAAUGGACUCUACAUUCACUGAUGUGCGGCGUGAUUGCACGGAAAGUCUAAAGACAUUAUUAUUGUGUUGUGUUUGAUCUCAAGUGAAUUAUUUGUCAGAACACUGUUCCCCGAUAAAGAGCCUAACUAGUAUCAGUUAUAAGUUACGUCUACUGUAUUGUUAUAAAGAAUAAAUACAAAUGUAUUCUC